AUGAUGCCUCCCUCCGACCCCGUCAAGGAGGAGGACCUCAAGCGCCCCUCGGUCGACGAGGUGGCAGAGGGGACCAACAUCGUGAGCCAGUACGAAGAGACGCACCGAGGCCUCUCCCCGCGCCACGUCCAGCUCAUCGUCAUCGCGGGCGGCGUCGGCGUGGGCCUGUGGGUCGGCAUCGGCGGCGUCCUCCGCUCCGCGGGGCCCCUGCCGCUGCUCCUGGGCUACAUGAUCUACGGCCUCGGCUUCAUCUGGCCCACGUCGCUCAACGUGGCCGAGAUGGCCGCCUGGCUGCCCAUCCGCGGCUCCAUCUACGAGCUCGCCGCCCACUUUGUCGACCCGGCGCUCGGCUUCGCCAUGGGCUGGACCUACUUCUUCGCCGGCGCCAUGCUCGUGUGCACCGAGUACUCGGCCGUGGCGACCGUCAUGCAGUACUGGGACACGGGCCUGAACCCGGCCAUCUGGAUCGGCAUGUCCAUUGCGAUUUGCUACUUUUUGAACAUGGUUGCUGUCAAGUGGUACGGCGAAAGCGAGUUCAUCAUGGGCUCCACAAAGAUCCUCCUCCUGAUCGGCCUGGUCAUGGCGACCAUCAUCACCAUGGCCGGCGGCAACCCCAAGCACGACGCCUACGGCUUCCGGAACUGGUCCGACGGCAACUUUGUCCACUCGUACUACGCCAAGGGCGCCACGGGAGUGUUCCUGAGCAUCUGCAUCUCCGUCCGGUACGCCGUCUUCACCAUCUCGGGCCCCGACAUCGUGACCCUCUCGGCCGGCGAGAUCAUCAACCCCCGCAAGACGAUCCCCAAGGUCGCCAAGAUGGUCAUCUCGCGCAUCAUGGGCAUCUACAUCACCGGCGUCCUGGCCGUCGGCAUCAUCUGCUCCUCCGUCGACCCGCGCCUGCUGGGCGCCAUCGAGUCCGGCAAGGCCGGCUCGGCCGCGUCCCCCUGGGUCAUCGGCCUGCUCAACGUCGGCAUCUCGGGCUUCCUCCCCGGCUUCAUCAACUUCAUCAUCAUGCUCUCCGGCCUGUCGUGCGGCAACGCCUUCCUGUACGGCUCCAGCCGGACGCUCUACUCCCUGGCCAGGGACAAGAAGGCGCCCCAGAUCCUGCUCAAGUGCACAAAGGCCGGCGUCCCGUGGGUGUGCGUCACGGUCGUCACCGCCAUCUCGCUCCUGGCCUUCCUGGUCGCCUCCAACAGCUCCAGCGUCGUCUUUGGCUGGUUCGUGGACCUGACUACCGUCUCCCUCAUCGUCAACUUCACCGCCAUGUCGUGGGUGUCGAUCGCCUGGCACCGGGCGCUCAAGCACAAGGGCAUCCCCCGCAUCGGGAAGAACAACAUGAACGGCGGCGGCUGGUUCUCCUUCCUCCGCCGCUCCUCGGCUCAGCCCCCUCAGAUCUCCGACGACACCAUCAUCUUCCCGUACAUCGCGCCCUGCGGCACCUGGACGCCGUACACCUCCGCCGUCCUGGGCAGCGUCAUCACCCUGUUCAUCGGGUUCGACGUGUUCUCUCCCUUCUCCUACAGGGGCUUCAUCACCAGCUACUUCGGCCUCGCCUGGUUCUGCGGCAUGUUCGCCUUCUGGAAGCUGUACAAGGGCACCAGCUUCAUCAAGGUGCAGGACGUCGACAUCUACCUCAACGGCCGCAAGCAGGCCGUGGACUUUGAGUGCCGCCACUGGGAGGACGGGACUGCCAACAGGGCGUACGUGGAGGAGAUGAAGAGCUCCAACGUUUUCGUGCGCGGCUGGCGGAAGUUCUGGGGCGAGUAG